AUGGCCAAGGUGGUGCUGGCAGGUAGGGCAAAUUGCCCUUACUAUGCCAAAGCAGAACUCCUGGCUGACUAUCUCCAGGCUAAUUUGCCGGACUUCAGGGUUCACAAGAUCACUAAGCACCCUGACAAAUGGGAGGAGUGGCUUCAUGACAUCUGUGAAAUGAAUGGAUGGGAACACAAACGGUCUCCAAUCAUUUGGAGAGAACUGUUGGAUCGUGGAGGGAAGGGCCUGCUUCUGGGAGGAGUUAAUGAUUUUCUGGAAUAUGCUCAGCACUAUUAUGGCAUCACCUCAACAAUGCUGAGUGAGGAGAUGUUAGACAUUGCUAAGGAGAACCUGCAAGCUCACAUUGAAAUUGAAAAAGAAGAGGAAGAAAUGAAAAGUUUUAUCAACCCUUUGCAGAUAUGGAUUACCAGUGCAUCAGCUCCAACCUGCUAUCAUCUGAUCCCUCUGUUGGCAAGUGGAGAAGUGUUUGGGAUGACCACAGAAAUCAGUAUCCAUUUACUUGACACCGACCAGUUUAAGGAAGUUCUUUGUGGUAUUGUAAUGGAAGCUGAAGACAUGGCAUUCCCACUCCUCCGCCGUAUUUCAAAGCACACUGUAACAGAAAAGGCUUUUCUUCAGGCUGAUGUUAUCAUUGUUCUUGAUGAUAUCCUCUUAAAACAUGAAGUCCCACUCCUUGAGGACUGCAUCAGAGAAGUGAGUGAGAUCUGUCGAGUAUAUGCUCACCUCAUUGAGAAGAAUGCCAAGAGUGGGGUCAGAGUCAUUUCAGCAGGAAAAACCUUUGUAAACCUUAAGGCAAUGAUGAUUAUGACAUAUGGCCCAUCCAUUAAACCUGAAAAUAUCAUUGCCCUCGCAACAUUCUGGGAAAGUGCAGCUAAGGCCGUGCUGGCCAGGAAACUGAAUAUAAAUGCAGCAGGAGUUAAAGAUGUGAUUGUUUGGGGCAAUGUUACUGGCUGGAGCUACAUUGAUUUCUCACAUGCAAAAGUUCAUGGAUAUGACAGUGCUAUUUGGGGCCCACCUGAUUUUUCACGUCCUUUAUGCAAUGUGAUUUAUGACAGCAGCCAGAUAUGUUCAGAAUUUCCAUCUGCAUGGAGUUCAUUGAGUUCCCGGGAAUUUCACUGUGUAGGAAUGUCACCUGCUCAUGCAGUAGCUACUGUACUCAGAUACUGGUAUCAUGGCUCUCCUCCUGGGGAGAUUGUUUCUGUGGGAAUACUUACUGAAGGUCAAUUUUGUGUUCCUGAAGGGAUUGUCUUUUCUAUGCCAGUGAGGUUCCAGAAUGGUAGUUGGGAAGUCAUGACAGACUUAGAAGUUAGUGAAACAACUCAAGAAGUUUUAGGACUCUUAACCCAUGAUCUAAUACAGGAAAAACUUGUAGCACUAAAGAAAAUAAAAGAAAUGCGUCCAUAUAGAGAUGGUAAGAUCACUAUCAAAGAACUUCUUCUCAGAGGCAUUUUUUGUGAGCAGCAUUCAGUUAAAAACAAAACCUUUAGAACUGUAUGUUGA